UUCAAACCAGAUACAAUAACAAUAUUUAUAAUUUAGUCCUUAUUUCGUUGCAUACAUUGGCCGACGUCGCUUCGCUGCCUUACAUAAAUUUAUUGUUUUUUGUGCGAAACUCCAAGGCGGCAAAGCUUCCAUAACGAAUAUUAAGUCAAAUAAUGUUCAGAAAAGUCAUUUCAAUCGUUAGCAUUGGCUUCGUUUUUUCAUUUUGGACCAGUUCAAUUGGUGUUUUCAUCCCGAACCUCUCAAGUGAAUGCUUCAACUGUCUCUGUUAUGUGUCAACGAAAUGUGACACAUCACAUGAGUGUACGGCGGGCUACUGUGGUCCCUUCAAUAUAUCAAGAGUGUACUGGGUCGAUGCUGGAAGAGUUACCCUACCAGAAGACGACGCUGAUAGGAACCAUUCAUGGGAAGAUUGCGCCCGCGAAUUCAGCUGUGCAAAACGCAUCAUCGAAGGAUAUCUAUCAAAAUUUGGCCAAGACUGCAAUGGCGACGGGGUCACCAACUGCUACGACUACAUGAUGAUAAAUGGGAAUGGCGGCUACAACUGCCGACCUUCUUUGAACAGAUCAGCCAAUGGCCGACGCUGGCUGAAGAGGUUCGAAGAAUGUCGGCGGUCCAUACCAUCACUUCAAUAAAUUUUGUUACAUAAA